AUGAUGAGGAAGGCUCUAUCUGAGCUUGGCUCGCGAGGCGGGCGCGCAAGUCCCCUCGAGAAAUGCUGCUGCCGCUGCUACUGCUUUCUGGUCAUCCUGGUACUGGUCGCAUCCGGGCUUUUCAUCGCCAUGGGUGCCAUGAAGGAUUUGACCAUGGACGGCAAUAGCACGGAUUGGGAUCAGCAAUGGACCUUCGACUCCAGUGGCAAAGGCAUACUGGCGCUCACUUUGGGAUGUUGCGUCGGCGGCCUUGCAUGUUGCCUAUGCUGCGUGCCCGUGUGCUACGCGGAGUGCGCCAGCAAAGAGAUGAGGCAUGCCUGGGGGCAGGAGUGCUCCAAGUGCACCCGAUGCUGCUCGAAGUGCUGGUGCUGCUGCUGCUGCGUGGUGUGCUUCAACUGCUGUGACUACUACUGCUGCCGGAGGCGGGGGCGGAGCGAUUCGCCUCAAGCACCUAAGGAGCGUUACGUGCCCCGGCUGGAUCCCUAUGAGACACCGAAGAUGCCAGACAUGGUCGAAAUGGGCCAGGCGGCAACUCUCUGA